AUGGCCCAUACAUACCCCGAACUCACUUGGCGUGAGACAACUUCAGGGGUAUGGCAGCGCACUGCCGACGAGGUUGAGCAGUUUUACUCAGCCCUCGCGACGCUUUACGAAGGUAGUGGCCUUAUGUUCUUCGCAAUCACGGGCCACGUCUCCUUGAGAUUUGAUACUGGCAACGCCGGGGACACCUCUGAGACCGAAGAAUUGGUCGACAAGGCCUUGAAGGCUGCUUGGCUAGCUCUCCGCUAUGAUCACCCGACUAUCGCCUCACAGGUUACACAAGACCUUACUACUGGCAAAUGGACCAAGACGUACCGCCGAGUUAGCGACCCUACCUACCAGCAGAAUUGGCUGGAGGAGACACUUGUGUACGUGUCUUCUGCCUCUUCUCGACAAACGGGUCAGGUAUGGGCCAAUAACCAGCCUCCGGCCCCGAAACUACCGACUCUGUUUGUCCUUAGUCCAUCGUCCUCCAAGGAAGGCUUCAUCCGUCGCGACCUCGUCUUUCGCUCACCCCACGACGUCAUCGACGGCGUCGGAACCUUGAUCCUCCUGAACAAUCUCAUCAGUCACGCCUCCAAGGCCUUCUCCAAAGGCGAUGAUUUCAAACCUCCUGACCUCGAUGGUUCCGAGGCCGCGAACCUCAGCCCGCCCUACCGCGUUGCCGCCAAUGUACCCCCGACACUCACCGACGAGCAAGAAAAGCGUUUGGCGGACAUGGCUGCUCAGAAGUCCGCCGCCAUGGGUUCUCCACACGUGGAAAUCCUCGACAUGCCCUACCGCCGCGGUGCGAACCUUCCGGCCCGACACCAACGCGUCGCCCACACUCUCACCAAAGAACAAACUGCUCGCCUUACCGUCGCCUGUAAGACAGCUGGCACCACCGUCACGCACGCUUUUCACGCAGCUAUUGCACUCGUUCUCCGAGACAUCCAAGAACAAGGAUCCGAAGCCAGACCCGUACGUUACGUCAACUACAUCCUCCGGAACGAGCGCGCAAGCUGCCAAGCUCCGUACAAUUCUUACCAACAUCCCGCCGCCCUCUACCAUUCGCUUCCCGGCCAGAGUUUGGUAGUUGAUAUGGAUCCUCUACGCUCCAGUGACGACCAAAUCCGCGCCGAAGAGUUUCUCCGCGUAGUAAAGCUCAUGAGAGACUUUUACCACGGCGUCCGGAACGACAAGGAGCACUACGCCCUCGCCCCUACCAUUUGGGCCGCCAGUGUCCCGGACUUGCCUACAUCACCUCGGCCUUUGACAGUGCCUCCGCCAAAGGCCCAUCCGUCUGUCUCCAUCUCUAGCAUGGGUCGUGUCGACAGCAUCAUUGCCCCCAAGACGGGUGCCAUCGAGGCCUAUGAUCCGUGGGUCACCGGUGAAGAGCUCGGAAACGGUCUUGGGCUCUUUCUAGGUACGUUCAGGGACGAGUUGUGUUUGAGUGCCGCAUACAAUGAUGCUUGGCACACGGAGGCCAACGUUUUGAAUUUUCUGAAGCGCUGUGAGGACGUGGUUCUUCAUGGCUUUGGUCUGAGUUGUGCGUAA